AUGGGGGCAGGACGACAGGUCAGACUCCUGCUGUGGAAGAACUGGACGGUUCGCAGGAGGCAGAGGGUCCGUUUCUUCAUGGAGAUCAUGUGGCCUGUCAUGCUGUUCAUGGGACUGGUGUGGCUGAGGAGAGUGAACCCGCUCUACCGUCAGCAUGAAUGUCACUUCCCCAACAAGGCCAUGCCCUCAGCUGGUGUCCUGCCAUGGAUCCAGGGAAUCUUCUGCAAUGCCAACAACCCUUGUUUUCAAUACCCCACCCGUGGUGAAUCUCCUGGCCUGGUGUCCAACUACAACAACUCCAUACUGGCUCAGUUCUAUUCGGACGCUCAAGAGCUUCUUUUAAGUGACCCAGAGUUUCUCCAGCUGGGUCGCCUCUGGAGGGAAAUGACUUCCAUGAGUAACUUCAUGGACACUCUGCGCACUCAUCCCGAACAGGUCUCAGGCCGAGGAGUAAAGGUGGAGACGAUCCUAAAGGACGAUGAGACCCUGACGUCAUUCCUGCUGAGAGACAUUCCUCUGACAGAGUCUGUGGUGUAUCAUCUAGUUAAUGCCCAAAUCAGGCCUGAACAGUUUGCUUUUGGAGUCCCAGAGUUGCAUUUAAAAGACAUCGCCUGCAGCCUGAACCUUCUGGAGCGAUUCCUCAUUUUCCCCAGCCGCCGAGGACUCUACGCCGUUCGCAACGCCAUGUGCAUCCUCACCCCACAGCGGCUGCAGAUCAUCGAGGACAAAUUCUACGCCAACGUCGACUUCUUCAAAGUCUUCCGGCUGCUUCCUCUUGUUCUGGACAAUCACUCUGAAGGCAUUGACAUUAACUUCUGGGUACGUGUUGUCUCUGCCGCUUCGGACAAACUCCAAGAGUUUUUCCAGCGGAGAAGCUCCAGGGAGUUUAUCCAGGUCAUGACUCCUCUCUUCCAGAACAAUCUGUCCUUCAGGCAGGUGAUGGCUGCUGCCUCCAGCCUGGUGUGUGGCUACACCGAGGGGGCUUUCUCCAGAGUCACCUCCUUCAACUGGUACGAGGACAACAACUACAAAGCCUUCCUGGGUAUCAGCAGUGGCUGGGCGCAGAGCCACUACACAUAUGACAACAGCACCACUCCUUUCUGCAACGAUCUGAUGAAAGAGCUGGAGUCCAACCCCGUCACCAGGAUCGUCUGGAACUCCGUCAAGCCCAUGUUGAUGGGACGGAUCCUCUACGCUCCUGACUCACCAGCUGUCAGGAAGAUCAUACGAAAUGCCAACACCACAUUUGAGGAGCUGGAGAGGCUGAGGAUGAUGGGGAAGGCCUGGGAAGAGGUGGCUCCUCAGAUCUGGGCUUUUUUCCAAGAUGGAGUCCAAGUCAAGAUGAUCCGGGACACCAUCUGCAAUCCAUCUGUGAUGGACUUCAUUGACAGGAGUCUGGAGGAGGCGCCAUUCUCCUCCAAACACAUCCUCAACUUCCUUUACAACGGCCCACCGGAGGAUCGUCCAGAUGACGUCCCCGACUUCGACUGGCGAGACAUCUUCAACCUCACUGACCGGGUCAUUCGGAUGCUCAACCAGUAUGGGGAUUGUGUGAUCCUGGACAAGUUCAUGCCUCUGCCUGAUGAGGAUGCUGUUACCCAUCGGGCCUUGGACCUCUUGGAGGACAGCAAGUUCUGGGCAGGCCUUGUCUUUGUAAAUAUGCACUCUUGGACUACCAAGGUCCCGCCUCAUGUUCAGUUCAAGAUCCGUAUGGAUAUUGAUGUAGUGGAGCGCACAAACAAGGUCAAAGACAGGUACUGGGACCCGGGCCCCAGAGCUGAUCCUAUGGAAGACCUCCGCUAUAUCUGGGGUGGCUUUGCUUACCUUCAGGACAUAAUAGAGCAUGGAAUCAUCAAGACUCAGACAGGAAAGGAGUGGCCACUGGGUGUUUACCUCCAGCAGAUUCCCUACCCUUGUUAUGUGGACGAUUUGUUCAUGCUGACAUUGAAUCGCUGUUUCCCCAUCUUCAUGGUUCUGGCCUGGGUCUACUCUGUGUCCAUGAUAGUGAAGAGUAUCGUUCUGGAGAAGGAACUACGCCUGAAGGAGAACCUGAAGGCCACCGGGGUCACCAACAGCGUCAUUUGGUCCACUUGGUUCAUUGACAGCUUCAUCAUGAUGGGCACAAGCACCGCUCUCCUCACCACUAUCAUCAUGGGAGGCCGAGUGUUGAACUACAGUAACCCCAUCCUCCUCUUCCUCUUUCUGCUCACCUUCACCACGGCUACCAUCAUGCAAUGCUUCCUCCUCAGCGUCUUCUUUAACCAGGCAAACCUCGCGGCAGCCUGCUGCGGCAUCAUUUACUUCACCCUUUACCUUCCGCACAUCUUCUGCUUUGCCUGGCAAGACCGCAUCACCAAAGAUAUGAAGCUCCUGGUGAGCCUGCUGUCCCAAGUGGCGUUUGGCUUCGGGACAGAGUACCUGUCACGGUACGAGGAGCAGGGUCUGGGUCUGCAGUGGAACAACAUCCAGACCAGCCCUCUGGAGGGGGACGAGUUCUCCUUCCUCACCUCCAUCUGCAUGAUGGGCCUGGACACGGUGCUCUAUGCGGUUCUGGCCUGGUACCUGGACAACGUCUUCCCUGGACAGUAUGGAAUCGGCCGUCCAUUUUACUUCCCCUUCCUGCCCUGCUAUUGGUUCAACAGCGUGGCUCCAGCUUCAGAGAUGUGUUUGUCUUUGUCGUGUACAGAGCAGCCGUUCUUCGAGGCCGAGCCCGCUGAUCUGAUGAAGGGUGUUUGCAUCCAGGACCUGGUCAAAGUGUUCGGCAGCUGCAUCACGCCGGCCGUGGAUGGCCUCAGCAUCAACUUCUACGAGAGUCAGAUCACUGCCUUUCUGGGCCAAAAUGGAGCUGGGAAGACUACCACUAUGUCUAUUUUGACUGGUAUGUUCCCUCCCACCUCGGGGACAGCUACCAUUUAUGGCAAAGACAUCCGCACAGACAUGGACACCAUCCGUCAGUCUCUGGGAAUGUGCCCUCAGCACAACAUCCUUUUUCAGUAUAUGACUGUAGCGGAGCACAUCCUCUUCUACUCAUUGCUGAAAGGCCGGCCCAUCGCAGAGGCUGAGGAGGAGGUGGAGAACAUGCUGCAGGACCUGGGUCUUCCUCACAAGAGAGAUGAACUGACCCAGAACCUCUCAGGGGGCAUGCAGAGGAAGCUGUCAGUGGCUCUGGCUUUCGUUGGUGGAGCCAAAGUGGUGAUUCUGGAUGAGCCCACAUCAGGAGUGGACCCCUACUCCAGACGCUCUAUUUGGGACCUGCUGCUCAAAUACCGUGCAGGACGCACGGUGAUCAUGUCCACCCACCACAUGGACGAGGCCGACCUGCUGAGUGACCGGGUGGCCAUCAUCUCUCAGGGCCGCCUCUACUGCUGCGGUUCCCCCAUCUUCCUCAAGAACUGUUUCGGCGCUGGCUUCUACCUCACCCUCGUACGACGAAUGAAACAUGACGCUUUGAAGACCAGCUGUGACUGUACAGAGGAUUGUUCCUGUAAAUGCUCAAAGUGCUCCAAGUUUAAAGCGGACCAGGAGGAGAGCCAGGCUCCAGACAGGCAGAUGGAUGGUAACAUGGACCGGAUCACAGCCCUGAUCCAUCACCACGUGCCGCAAGCUCGCCUGAUCGAGGUCAUCGGCCAGGAGCUCACCUAUCUGCUGCCGAAUCGUGACUUCCAGCCCCGGGCCUACGCCAGCCUCUUCAGGGAGCUGGAGGAAACCCUCGUGGACAUCGGCCUCAGCAGCUUCGGUGUGUCCGACACGUCGCUGGAGGAGAUCUUCCUAAAGGUCACUGCAGAUGGGAAUACAACCAACAAGAAAUGUACUCAAGAGUCCAACGGUCAGAGUCCAUGUGAUACCUCUGACGGCGGGGCAGGCCGAGGAUCCUACCAGGUCAGAGGCAUCUGUCUGAUCAUCAAGCAGUUCUUUGCUCUGUUGAUCAAGAGGCUGCAUCAUGCCACACGCUCCUACAAAGACUUCAUUGCCCAGAUUGUGCUGCCCGCCAGUUUUAUUUUCCUCGCGCUGACAUUCACUCUCAUCGUUCCACCUUUUGGGGAGUAUCCCAGUCUGACCCUCACCCCCUGGAUGUAUGGGCGGCAGUACACCUUCUUCAGUAAUGAGCGUCCUAUGGAUGCUCAGUUGAGAUAUUUUGCUGAGGUUUUGCUGGACAAGCCUGGCUUCGGGACUCGCUGCAUGGCCGAGGAACCACUUGAAGAUUUCCCGUGUAACAACAUCACCACAGAGUGGGAGAUGCCCUUAGUUAAUCCUGCCCUGAUAGACAUGUUGGCCGGUCCGGAGUGGACCUCCCUUCGACCGUCUCCGGAGUGUCAGUGCAGCACACCCAGGAAACUCACCAUGCUGCCUGUGUGUCCUGAGGGAGCUGGAGGCCUGCCACCUCCACAGAGGAUCCAGUCGACAGGAGAUGUUCUUAUGGACCUAACAGGUAGAAACAUCUCUGACUACCUGGUGAAGACCUACCCCAGCCUCAUCAGAACCAGCUUGAAAAGCAAAUACUGGGUGAAUGAGCAAAGGUAUGGAGGCAUAUCAGUGGGAGGACAGCUCCCUCUUCUAGAUCUGCAGCCAAAGACCAUCCAGGAUUUUGCGGCUCAGCUGGGACGACUGCUCAACGUUACUGGGGGCGAGUACUCCAGACAAACACUAAAGGAUAUAGGGAUGUUCCUCAGGUACAUGGAGACUCAAAACAAUGUCAAGGUGUGGUAUAACAAUAAGGGCUGGCAUGCCAUGGUGUCUUUCAUGAAUGUGGCCAACAACGCCAUCCUCCGUGCAAACCUGCCCAAAGGAGCUAACCUGGAUGAAUAUGGAAUCACUGCCAUCAACCAUCCUCUGAACCUCACCAAAGAGCAGCUCUCUGAGAUCAGCGUUCUAACGACAUCAGUGGAUGCAGUGGUGGCCAUCUGCGUCAUCUUUGCCAUGUCCUUCGUCCCGGCCAGCUUCGUCCUCUAUCUCAUCCAGGAGAGGGUCACUCAGGCCAAACACCUGCAGUUUGUCAGCGGGGUCAGUCCUCUGGUCUACUGGAUGGCCAACUUUCUGUGGGACAUGGUUAAUUACUCCAUCAGCGCAGCGAUGGUGGUGGAAAUUUUCAUCUUUUUCGACAAGAAGUGCUACACCUCACCGGCCAACCUCCAACCACUCAUCACCCUGCUCAUGCUUUAUGGGUGGUCAGUGACCCCCAUGAUGUACCCCAUGUCCUACAUAUUCAGCGUCCCCAGCACGGCCUACGUCUCUCUGUCAUGUAUCAAUCUCUUCAUUGGCAUCAACAGCAGCGCCAUCACCUUCAUCCUGGACCUCUUUGAGGGCACCUCAGCUCUGUACAAGUUCAACCAGGCGUUAAAGACGCUGCUGCUCAUCUUCCCCCAUUACUGCCUGGGUCGAGGUCUCAUCGACAUGGCCAUGAACCAGGCGAUGACUGAUAUCUAUGCUCGCUUUGGCGAGGACUACAGUCCAGACCCCUUUAAGUGGGACUUCAUUGGGAAGAACCUGUUCUGCAUGAUUGUUGAGGGAUUCGUCUAUUCCAUCCUCAACAUUCUCUUCCAGUAUCGCUUCUUCCUCAAUAACUGGAUACCAGACUGCCCAAAGCCUCAUAUUUUGGAUGAAGACGUGGAUGUGGCCGAUGAAAGAGAGCGAAUCUACAGUAGUGAAAAAACCAACGACAUUCUUCGCGCAAGAGACCUGUCCAAGACAUACACAGGAACAAUCAUCCCCGCGGUGGACCGGAUCUGUGUCGGAGUGUCACCCGGAGAGUGCUUCGGUCUCCUGGGGGUAAAUGGAGCAGGAAAGACCACGACGUUUAAGAUGUUAACCGGAGACAUCGAUGUCACUUCAGGAGAGGCCUCAGUCGCUGGUCACAGCAUUUUGACAGAUAUCCUGGAUGUCCACCAGAACAUGGGUUACUGCCCUCAGUUUGAUGCCAUAGACGAGCUGCUGACAGGCAGAGAACAUCUGCACCUCUACGCCCGUCUCCGAGGAGUCCCGGAGUCUGAGAUCAGCAGGGUUGCAGAGUGGGCGAUCCAGAAGCUGGGGCUCUCGGAGUACGCAGGCCGAAGUGCUGGGACCUACAGUGGAGGCAACAAGAGGAAACUCUCCACGGCCAUUGCUAUGAUCGGCUGUCCUGCCCUGGUGCUGCUGGAUGAGCCCACUACCGGUAUGGAUCCUCUGUCCAGACGCUUUCUCUGGAACUCCAUCAUGAGUGUUAUUCAGGACAGACGAGCUGUGGUGCUCACCUCACACAGUAUGGAGGAAUGCGAGGCUCUGUGUACCCGCUUAGCCAUCAUGGUCAACGGAUCGUUCAAGUGUCUGGGAACCAUUCAGCAUCUUAAAUACAAAUUUGGCGACGGCUACGUGGUGACCAUGAAGAUCAGGGCAGCGAAGCCUGGCUGCGCCCCAGACCUGAACCCUGCUGAAGCGUUCAUGGAGAGCACCUUCCCGGGCUGCAUCCAAAGCGAGAAACACCACAACACUCUUCAGUACAAGAUCUCCUCCUCCUCCCUGGCUAGGAUCUUUCAAAUGGUNGUGUGGUCAGUGAGCCCCAUGAUGUACCCCAUGUCCUACAUAUUCAGCGUCCCCAGCACGGCCUACGUCUCUCUGUCAUGUGUCAAUCUCUUCAUUGGCAUCAACAGCAGCGCCAUCACCUUCAUCCUGGACCUCUUUGAGGGCACCUCAUACGCAGGCCGAAGUGCUGGGACCUACAGUGGAGGCAACAAGAGGAAACUCUCCACGGCCAUUGCUAUGAUCGGCUGUCCUGCCCUGGUGCUGCUGGUGAGGCCCACACUGAUGACAGUGCUGGAUGAGCCCACUACCGGUAUGGAUCCUCUGUCCAGACGCUUUCUCUGGAACUCCAUCAUGAGUGUUAUUCAGGACAGACGAGCUGUGGUCCUUACCUCACACAGGUAA